UUUCUAUUUAGUUUGUCGGUUACUGUGGUAACGGAUUGAGUCCGGAAGUGGCCCUGAGAAACAGAAACAUCUUUAGAACAAACAUGGCUGUGCAAAGCUGGAUUGAUAUCCUACAAUCCUCAAAGAAAACAGCGUUGAUACACGAUGGAAAAAGGAAGAUCCAUUACCUUUUUACAGACGGAAGAGAAAUGGCAGAAGAGUAUGACUUGAAAACAGAUGAGCUCAUUGUACGAAAGUGGCGUCAUAAAAGCACACUUGGAGCUCAUGGAGAAUGGCAGGUAGAAGUUGGGGAGCCACUUGCAGGAACUGUCACUUCUUUGGAUUCGGAGAUGAUCAAGGAGAACUGCUCCAAUCCUGUGUUCAUGCGUAAAGACACAAAGACCAGCUUUCAGUGGAGAAUCCGCAACCUCCCCUACCCCAAAGAUGUCUUCAGUGUUUCUGUGGAACCGUCUGAAAGAUGCAUCAUCAUAAAAACCUCAAACAAAAAGUAUUAUAAGAAGUUCAGUAUUGUUGAUUUAGAUCGCAGUCAGCUGCCAUUGGACAGCUCCGCUCUCACCUUCACUCACACCAACAACACUUUGAUUGUCAAUUACAAGAAACCCAAGGAGAUCUUAACCCUUGAACAGGAGCUGCUGAAGGAGCUGAAGAAACUGAAGGGGACCGGUGAAGGAGAUGUCGACUGUAAAACUCAGUGAAUUCUGACUGUGGGAGCAAGAGGAUUAUUCUGCGUUGCAUUUAAAGAAGUCAAAUGUGAGCGUUUAAUUUUUCUUUAGUGGAUCCCUUCAUUGCAAAAAGCACAGUGCCUUCCCAAUGCUUCUAUUUGUGUUUAGUAACUGGGGUCAAUUUACUAGAGUUGUUAGUGUUGAAAUUUGUCCUGUCAUUUAUAUUUGAUACAGAAAUAUUCAUUAAAUAUAUUGUUUUGCAGUCUCA